AUGUUCACGGGUCUUUUUCUCUUGUUGCUGCCUUUCAAGCAUGGAUUAACUGAUCUCACGUGGCUGAUCGCGCUCAGGUCCCUGUUAGUCAUGACAGAGCAACCCCGGCCAACACCCUCACCCCGGACUUCUUUCACGGAUAAUUCCAGCAAAGAUAAAGAAUACAAUAAUCCCGGGCUCCGUCAACGCGGUCCGGCUCGAACCGCGACAACAACAUUCGCAGAGGACUUAAACUCGACAUCGGUGUUACGCCGGAAUUCCACCUUAUCGGAUUCGGUAUCCGAAGCACGGAACUCGAUACGAUCCUCCACAGACGACCUGUUCCUUCCCCGCGUGUCCAGGCGAACCAAUGGUGUCGACUUGCAGGAGGAAUCGCAUUGGCAAUCUGCACCGCUGGGUCUGGCCUUGUUCCCCGCGAUCGCCGGGGUGUUCUUUAAAAAUGGAAGUGCCGUGGUCACUGACAUCACUUUGCUGGUUUUGGCGGCCAUCUUCUUAAAUUGGUCUGUUCGACUGCCAUGGGAUUGGUAUCGUUCCGCUCAGGCAGUCCGCCAAGACAAGUACUAUGAAGCAGAGGAAGAGUCGGAUGACGACCAAGCAACAUUAGGAAAUACACGAGAAAAGUCGCCCUCGAACACCGAAACAAGAAAAGAAUUACAUAGAGCAUCUGCCAUCGCCAAUGCUGCCAAUCGCGAACUCCAAAUCCACGAGCUCGCAGCCCUCGCGUCAUGUUUUAUCUUUCCCAUGAUCGGGACAUGGCUCCUGCAUACCAUCAGAUCCAAACUCUCACGUCCAUCGGAAGGCUUGGUGUCGAAUUAUAACUUGACCAUUUUUCUUCUGGCGUCGGAAAUCCGGCCGUUCGCACAUCUCCUGCGAAUGGUACAAGCACGCACACUUCAUCUCCAGCGAACCGUCCACUCCGCAUCACACUACGAAGAAGACAGAAUCGACGCCAGCAAGAUCGCGGAUCUUAGCAAGCGACUCGAAGAACUCGAAAUCCACAUCGCAGAAGCCGCAGCUGCACGACUUUCAUCCGAACAAUCGCCUCAAAACCAACCAGAAUCCCCUAAACAAGAAAACGACAAGAAUCAAAUCCUCGUAUCACAAACGACCGCUGAAAUCCAAAAAGCCAUCCAACCCGAAAUCGACGCCCUGAACCGUGCAGUUCGCCGCUAUGAAAAACGCACCGCCGUCACCUCUUACGAAACAGACUCCCGAUUCCGGGAUCUCGAGACACAAGUCCGCGACGCUGUCUCGCUAGCAGCCGCGGCACAUCGCUCUGGUGAUCGCUAUCGAAAUCGUGGAUUUGCAUUCCGGCUCAUCGAGUGGAUAUAUGCGGCUAUGCUUAUCCCGGUUCAGAUACUCAUGUCGUUAACGGCGUUGCCGUUCCGGGUGGUAACACGGUGCUUGGAUUAUUUAAAGGGCCUUACGGGAAAGUCAACCCCGUCAUCGUCAAAGCGAAGUAAAGGGAAGAUGCCGCAAAACCAGGCGUCGCAGUCUCCACGGCGGUUCAAGAAGGCUACUCAAAGUUUACCAGAUGGGACGAGUCUGAGGCCUAUUCGGGAGUAUAGUUAG